AUGGCAGACGCACACGAUCAGACCCGACGGAAGUCCUUCCUACCAAACCUGCCCAAAGCCAUGACCCGCCAGGACCGUCGCAAAUCAAUGCACUUCAAGCCUGAUUACAAUCCUCGACCCCGAUGGAUGCUCCAUAUGCAAGCAGUCUUCUGGCGGGUCCUAAUGGGAAUAGGCAUGUUCUUGCACAAAUUCGCCAAUCCAAAGCCGCCGAAGCCGAAUUUCUCCAAGAGCAUCCCGGCGACGAUAAGUGGGCAGAAAGGUGUGAUACCGCUGCAGUUCUAUGUACCGAAGGAUUGGGUGACGCAGAAGCGAUUAUGGGAGGGGAAGCCUGAGGCUCAGUUCGCGGAGGAGGCGUUGAUUGAGGAGGAUGAGGAGGAGGACGGGGUCGCAAUCAAGAACAAGAAUCGGAGGGUGAGUACGGCGCUUGGUGAUUUCGGCCAGAAUCUACGGCGGAGAAGGAUGAAUGUCAGACGGUGGGGUGGAUAUCCUGUUGUCAUUAAUUUUCACGGGGGAGGUUUCACUAUCGGAACAAGCACGGAUGAUGCGAGGUGGUGUGGGACGGUGGUGGAUGAGUGUAAUGCUGUAGUGAUAGCAGUCGACUACCGCCGAGCGCCUGAACAUCCUUUUCCAACGGCGGUAGAGGACGGUGUGGAUGCAGUCUUGUGGGUACACGAGCACGCGGCUGAGUUGGGCAUAGAUCGCGAGAAGAUUGCUCUAUCGGGUUUCUCUUCUGGUGGCAAUAUGGCAGUCACCGUACCUCUUCGCCUUUACCAACACCAAAACGGUUUCGAGGAAUCCGACGACGACGAACAAGAUCCCCAAGCACCAGCGCGUUCUCCCCGCCCAAUGUCACCGCCCUCAGAUUCAUCACCCUCCUCCAGCGGCUCAACACAAGUCCCGCCUGGCGGCGGCCUGGUCGAGCACAUCGACCCGAACUCACCCGCACCAACCCUUUCAUCUCCAUCUCCCAAGACGACGGCAACAGCAACAGCCAAGUCAAAACCUGUUUCGGAGGCGAAAAUCCGCUGUAUCGUCCCCUGGUACCCCAGCCUAGACUACACCCGCACGCGGGAAGAACGCCGCGCCACGCAAGUCCGCAAGGAUCACGAACUCCCCGCAAUCUUCACAAAUCUCUUCGACGAAUCGUACCUCCACCCACCCAAAAGCGUAAACCUGGACUCCCCUUACCUCAGCCCGGGCGUAGCGCCUACCUCACUACUCCAACACGGUCUUCCGCAGGAGAUAAUAAUGUACUGCUGCGAAGUGGACAUGCUUCUCGACGAAGGUGAAGCUUUCCGAGAUCGGCUGAGGAGUCCGCCGUUGAAUAAGAAUGUGGUGUAUAGGAUGAUUGAGGGGGAGCCGCAUGGGUGGGACAAAGCGCCGAAUCCUUUGAAGCCGACACCAGGGGUAAGGGAGCAUUAUUUGAGGGCGUGCAGGGAGUUAAGACGGGUGUUGGGGACGCAGCCGGGUGUGAAGGAACAUGCUACUGCGCAGGGGCCUUCUGCUGCUCCGAGGGGGAGUAUACAGGUUGUGCGGUAG